AUGGGUGCGCUUAAGUGUGCACUCCCCACCCACGCCCACCCUCACCCUACGGGGCCUGAGGGUCGGCCAGGCGUCAAAGCGUCAACGCGUCAAGUCGACUUACCUCGAGGCGGGAGGAGAGAAGGGCCAGACACGUCGAGCCAACGCGGAGAGGCGGAGCGACAAACGCGCACUACAGCAGCGCGUCCGACGCGUACGAUGAGUCAGCACGAAGCGGCGGUGGCGGCGGUGGCGGCGGCGGCGGUGCACGGGUCGAGGCGGAGCGGAGAAGGCAGCCUCGAUAGCUGGGCCUCGAAAGUAGCGCCUGACCCGCGUCCAAGCCUCGAGGCUUUAUUUAUAGAGUGCCAGCGCCGUCUAACUGAGCCCAGGCCGCCAGGGCCGGCGGUGACGGGCGGAGAAAGCGUCGACGCGUCACAGUUCACUCGCGCGCGCAGGCCUCUGCGUACAGUCGGCCGCAUCAGCCGAGAGGCGACAGACAGACAGACAGACAGACAGGCCGGCCGGCCGGCAGGUGAGCCUGACACGCUCUGGGCGUGCCAGGCGGGACUGUGCGUGCAGACGACGCGACGACAACAGACACGCCGGUCGGCAGCUGCGAUUGGUCCGAUCGCUGCUCUGGCUAGGCACCAAACGCACAGACAUGGAGGCGGCAGCGGCAGCGGCGGCGGCGGCGGCUGCGGCGGCGGCGUGCGUAGAGGCGGUCAAGCCGAGGCUCCGCGUAAAGCCGUGGCGCCUCAAACUGUGCAGGCCGUAGGCCGUCUAGACAAGUCAGGCCAAGCGAUCGAUAGUGUAAAGGCGAGCGUCGGGCAAGGUGAACAGCUGGCCGGCACGACGUGCAAGGAUAGCCUCAUGAAGGCAGGAUGA